UUACAUCAUUUCCUUCCGAGAACUCUUCCAAGCGCUGGCUUAUUUCUGGGGGCUUGGACAACAAUUUCCUGGCAAUCCGAUUGAGAAAUUCCCUGCACGUGGGGAAGGAGACACCUUAGUCUAUAUAUGGUCAGCAGACCGGAGCCCUUCCUGCGCCUGUGAAACUUUCCCCAGCCAUUUAACAUAACGCAUUCACGUGCUGUCGGAAAUUAGCAUUUCACACGUUGGUCGUUUCACAAUCCGGACCUUAAAAGUGUGAAGGUAACAUGUCGGAGAUGUUAGCAUAAAAACACGGAUUUACUGCGUGACGUGAAGCUUCACAACAAUGUGCGUGUGUGAGAGAUAAAUCGACUACACUUUGUAAGCACGUGUGGGGAGUGAAACUAACAUGCUGCACGUGAAAGCAGCACGUCCUCCAGCUUUGCAUGGCAACGGGUCAGUUUAAAAUAAAGAGAAACCGAAAGAGAAAGAGAACCGCAGCAUCAUGUUGCAUCAUCUGUUGCCAAACCUGCUGAACUCAUAAGUCAUCAGAUAAACCGACUGAGCUCCUCAUUCAGCGCCACACAGUCACCAAGCAACACAUCAGAUGUUAGUCUGUAGCACGGCAACAGGUCCCAGCAUUACCUGCUCUGUAACCUGCACUCCUGCUCUGUCCUGAUAUCCCGAUAAUCGCGUAUGAAUGGAUACGGCUUCCCGUGCUGCACUCAUGAUCCAGGACAGGUGAAAGCCUCGUGCUGCCGCAGACGACCAGCCGACAGGUGAGCCAGUCUGCUGCAGGACCGUGGGUCAAGAUGUCCCCGUUAUUCAUGGACUCCGGGUCCGAGUCCACCAGCCCCGGCAGUACUGCAGGAUCGGAGAGAGAAAGAGGGGGGCAACAGAUGGGAUCCAGAGGGACAAAAAGACGGGAGAAGAACAGGGAUGCGGCGAGGAAGAGCCGCAAAAAACAGACAGAGAGAGCAGAUGAACUUCAUGAGGAACUCCAGAGUCUGGAGCGCUCAAACUCGGCUCUUCAAAAGGACAUCGCUGCAUUGAAAAAAGAGCUGCACUUCUACACGACGUCGCUGGAGCGUCACAAACCUUACUGCCGCCUCCCCUCUAGCCUUGCGGGUUCUUCUUCCGCUGACUGUCAGACAAGCUCCAACCAUCACGGAAUCGCUGAGGCCUCGGACUCCAACGUGGCUGCUUCCUCUCCACUCUCCUUCUCUCUGACCUCCAUGACCUCCAGCCUGGGACUUCAGAGCGUUGACUGCGUCAAAAGGAACCACGUCUCUCCUCCAGCUACUACAACAUUAGCCUCCUCUGCUCAUUCUUCACCUAAGAUCUUCAAUUCCUCCUCCUCCUCUUCCUCCAGCCCAGUGACGAUUCCCUAUUCUGCAUCUUUUACCACAUACACAGCUCCGCACUCUUUAUUUAGCAAAGAACCUAUAAUGACCUCAAGCACAACAAAUGGUAUACCCAUCUGUGACGGUCUUUUUUCAAACCCUGUUCCCUCCGGUGUCCUCUCCACAGCCACGCAGCCCACGCCGGAGCAAGACACCCUCUGUGAAAUUGAUUACACGGCUGACGGAUUUUUUAAGGAGAAAACAUCUUUUCUAAAUCCUACAGCUGAUGCUACACCCCCUUAUUCCCAUUUAGAGGCUGGUAGCGCGGGUGUGGUAGCACCGGGUUGCAUGCCCCAGCUGCCUCCAUGUCGGUUUAGUGGAAACCAAAGCAGUUCAAUUCCACCGUCUACUUUUUUACCAUCACCUCUUCAAAAUCCUCUUCCUCCUUCUCUUUUAGCAUCAGCAGCUUCAGGUUUGGAGCCAUCACCCGUGCCUUCUUUUUCCUCAAACCAGAGUUAUGAUCAAGACAAUACAUCAAACAGUGUGUCUCUGCUCUCCCUGCUCACUGUCCCUGGUCCACUCGAUAUAUCUCAAGCUACCUCCAGCAGCUUUGAUAGGGCUCCGUCUGAACCUCCGCCAUUGGCGCCACAACCAGGGGUUCCCUCAAAGGAUCUUGAUCUUUGUGAUUUUUACGACUGGCUCAUAAGUGGGAAUAAUAACCAGUAGAUCUACAGAAAAGUCAUUUUAAUUCAUGUGUUGUGAGGAGAUGACCUCUGGACUCAAGCUAGUAACAAACUAAAGACUGAAUGUCUUCUGUCAUAUUUCAUAUUCAUACCAGAUGCUACUUAUUUAUUGAGCUUUCUGUUACGAAAAUGCAGCGAUUUCAUGAUUGAUCUUCCAUUUGGUUUGGUUACAGAAAAAUUGUCAAUCUGAACCCUGCAGUCUCCAGAAUGCAACCGGUAGCUGACUAGAAUCUCAUGUAUUUGUACCUCCAGCAUCACAGGUUAUCUCAUCCUCUCUGAGACUAAAGUAAUCUUUAUGUCUGCGCUUAUUAGUGAGUAGCAUAAAAAUGCCUCCCAAACUUUGAGGGUCUGGAGCAGAAAUCUCUCAUUUCAAGCCAAAAUCCAGUCAUCCUAGCUGAGAGUCGAGGAUUUUGAAAUGCAAACGAACGCAAUAAAUUCCAGUGUCUAAAAAGACAUUUUUCCACCGUCAGUAAUCAGUUUGCAGGCGCCGCUCUUUCCUAAAUCAUGAAAAGAAGACAUAGUAAAACUGAGUCAACAUGGUGAAACUUGUAACUUUUAAUUUUAGAAUGGGUGGAGCGGUCCUCUCACUUCCUUGCAACUUCAUUUGUGCUGCAGCACAAACGCAGGGCAGUGCCAAAGUUAAUCACAGAUCCUUACUCACUUUCUUCUUCUUCUUUUUUGUGCACCUUAACCUUAAUUGAAGACACACAUUCUCAGCACAUAUUCUGCUACUGCUGCUAACUUAUAUUUAAAUCUUAAAGUGAAAUCAGCCUCUUUCAUGAAAUCGGUGCGGCUACUAUGAAGUCCCGGUGGGAUCGCUGGCCUUCUAAAUUCCCUGUGAUACACUGCGAAGGGCUGGUUUAUUACAAGGUUGCAUUAGAAUGUAGUGAUCCCAACUAUCAGAGUUAAUAAUGGAGCUAACUCUCUAACAGUGUAGCUCAAAGUCUUGUACAGAAACGUUUUAGUGGUUUUUUUUGUCACGCACUCUUAUGACUUGCUUAUACAAGCAUGACUUCCAUGUAGAAGCACACUAUGAGAUUAAAUAACCUCUUAUAUAUAACCGUUGACUGGUUAACCCUUCAAAGCCUGAACUGUGAAACGAUUACCUACAAAUUCAAACUUUAGUGAAAAUGGAGUGUUUAUUGAACAUUUUAACGACAUUUAAACAAAAAAAAAAAAAUUAACUAUUAAUUUGCAUCCUGCACUUUUUUUUGCAAUUUAUUCCUCAUAAAUGAAUCGGAAUGAAAAUAUCUCACUGAUGAUGUAGAUGUCAGGAUGAUGUAAACCCACGAAAACUGUAUCAGCUGUACUUGGCUUUAAAGAGUUGAAGAUGGACCUGCAGCUGUUGUUGCUUAAGUUAUUCAUUUUAUGUUUAUUCAUAGAGCCCAAAAGGAUAAUUACAGCUGACAUAGAAAUAAAAAUAGUUUCUGGAUGUCACGGGGUGGGUGAUGGGGGGUGCACACAAGUAUGCUGUGCAUGGAGUAAUAGUGUUUACCCAUUUUCAGGUGGAUUGGGAGCAAUAAUUACCCUGUAAUUUUAAUUCAUUUGUAAUUUAAAAAAUCUUUCUAUAAAUCAGAUGCUAUAUCAGAUGCAGCUCUUGCUUUCCAUAAAAAAAUAUAAAAUUGUUGGUCCAAACUGCCAAUUUAACACAAUUUAUGUUUUAGUACAUUUUUGUGCUCAUUUCAAGUGAUUUGACCCUGUGAACCAGGAGGCGGAUUAAUGUCUUUUAAAGGAACUGCUGCUGAAACAAGUAUUUUUUCCAAGUGAUCCUUUCAUUUAAUUUUUUUUAAAAUUUUAUAUAUUUUAUAUUCACCCUGUAUGGUAUACCUGUAUAUUUGUGCAUAUGGCGGCUGUGGGGCUUUGUAUUAUUUGUAUUUAUCAUGGAUCAAAUAAUAUAUUGAACAAGGAAACUAAUAAUAAAAAUUAUAUUAAAAUGGGUUUUAUGCUUUUAAAAAAAUGCUGUCCUGAUUGAGGUUUUUAAAAAAAAUUUUUUUAUAAUACAGUAAAAUUUUCAAGCAGUUCAGCUCACUCAUUCAUAUGUUGUGUAACCCUGAGGGCUGAGAAACCUUAAACCUUAAACUACAGCGUGGCAUCUGGACCUUCAACUGAUCCAUUUGUUCACUGAAGCCUUGACAGAAAUAGUCUCAGUGGAAAUGUGGCUGUGUCGAAGUUAUUCAUAAUGAAGGGAAAAUGGAGAAAGGGCUGUGGUAUGUCAAAUUACACAAGAACUGGAUUGAAAAUCAGUAAGAGCCAUUGCAAACACACUGCCAAGAUGAUGAAAAAGCAGAAAAAUACAAGUCACUACCAGUCAUGGAUUGGUUUCCUCAGAGCACGGACCUCAUUGUUGUUGAAGCAGGGUGGUCGCAGCAGGCCGGCUUGAUGGAACUUAAACCAAAGGCAGCCAACAUCCAAAGAAGAGCUUUGAAUGUCCUUCAAGAAGCCUGGAGAGCUUUUCUGAAGACUACUUGAAAUAAUGUCAAGAAAGCUGCCUAAGAGAGUUCAGGCUGUGACUUUCAAUAACUGUACAAAUUCUAUUUUUGGCAUUUAUAUCCUCAUAUGUUUGCAAACCUUUCAGUAAACCAGUGCAUCUAUUCCUCUUUUUCUGUCAAAGCAUAACAGAAUAAGGAGUUACUUUUGCACAGCACUCUAUAGUAUUAACACUGCAUAACCAGACAACCUGGUCUUGGUCACUGUUGCUAAAAUAAACAUGGUCUCUGCUGUAGUAAUGUUUUCCCUGAUGUUUUAGAGGACUGCUGUUGGUGCUGUCAGACUACUCAUAACAUAAUGGUGAUGAAUGCUGGUUGGAGGGGCCCCAACAGACUCCACAAUGUCCACUG